AUGGACCACUUGUCGAUAGACUACUGGGAUCGGGUGUCAACGGUCAAGCAACGCGACGCGGCAGCCCCAGACUACGACUUUUUCGGAAUUCCAUUUGGAACACCGGGGUUUGGCAUAGAGGAGCCGGUACAUACACACCCCAACACGGUGUUGGUAUUAAGUGCCGAGCGGCAGGCUCGCAUGAAUCUCACCAAUCGCGAAAUCCACCGCCUCAUGCCUCGCGAUCGUAAGAUCCGUUUCAGCGUGGAUGUGCGCAGCUUCUUGGACGCAGACAUACCGGAAGAGGACAUCUUGCUCCUCAUUUGUGAUGCGCGCAAGGUGGCCGAGGUGUUCACGGGGCAGCGGCUGGGCAUCACCUUUGUCUACACUUCUACUCCUGGUCAUGAGGUCUUCAGCAUCCGCUGUGGCCGCACCCUCGCCAAGGGCAUCCUUGCCCAGUUCUUCUUCCCUAGUGACCUGCCCAGGGACAGGCAGGUACUCGUUUCCUCUAGUCUGAUGUAUUCGGCGUACAGAUUUGGAAAUUUAUCCAAAAUUCGCCGUGUCCUCGCGCACGAGUUCACACACAUCUUGGGCUUCCGCCACUGGCACGCGGGGUCUGACGAUGGGGAGAAAGAGGCACCGUCAAAAUUGUGGCCUGGGACGACGGAUGACGAUCGGAACACCAUCAUGUGCACUCCUUAUCACAGCCUGCUGAAUUUCCAUGAGGAAGACUUCAGAGUCAUUCGGGAGGUGUAUUCGGUGAGGAAUGGACACAUGCUAGAUGAUUGCGUGGUCAUUGAUGUUGACCCGUAUGCUAGGCGAUUUAUUUCUUGA